CUUCCCUUUUUCUGCUACUCAAAAUUUAUAUAACUUGAUUCAACAGCAAUAAGAAUAUAUAAAUUGACAGAGUUAAUAUGGGGUGCUUUUUUUUUUUUUUAAUUAUUGGUAUUAUAAAGGACAUGACCCACAAGAGAGGCCCAUUGGUUUGGGCAAGUGUUUUAAUCUAUGAUUUGAGCACAAAUAGUUUGAUGCAAAAAUGGCCAAAGAAGUAGACCAACACCAAUAUUUUCCACUGUGGUUUUGUCCCCCUUGCUCAUUACUUGCCUUCUUUAACAAAUUUCACCUUCUUCUCUUCUCUUUCUCAAAAUUUGCAGUUUUUUCUCUGCCUUUUUUGUUCACUAAUCUCCAUGGACAAACAUCACUCCCAGCUGCCUCUGGCCAAGUGUUCGCGGCACCAGCGAUAUAAUGAAUGGGUGUUUCGAGACGUUCCCAGUGAUAUAAUGAUAGUAGUAGAUGGUGGCACAUUUUCAUUGCAUAAGUUUCCUCUUGUAUCGAGGAGUGGGAGAAUUCGGAAGCUUGUAGCAGGGCACAUGGAUUCUGAUAUAUCGAUGAUUGAACUACUUAGCCUACCAGGUGGAGCUGAAUCAUUUGAGCUAGCAGCCAAAUUUUGCUAUGGUGUUAACUUUGAGAUUACAGCAGCAAAUGUUGCUCAGCUUUGUUGUGUAUCUGAUUAUCUUGAGAUGACUGAGGAGUAUUCGAAAAAUAAUCUUGGCUCCCGAGCUGAAGAGUAUCUCGAGGUUGUUGUAAGCAAGAAUCUUGAAAUGUGUGUUGAAGUCCUUAAACAAUGCGAAAACCUACUCCCUUUGGCUGAUGAGCUGAAAAUAGUUACCCGAUGCAUUGAUGCUAUAGCCUCUAAAACUUGUGUGGAGCAAAUUGCUUCAAGUUUCUCGCGCUUGGAAUAUAGUAGUUCUGGUAGACUCCAUAUGAACCGCCAAGCCAAGUGUGAAGGAGACUGGUGGAUAGAGGAUUUGUCAGUUCUUCGUAUUGACUUGUACCAACGAGUCAUAACAGCAAUGAAGUGUCGUGGUGUCAGGCCUGAAAGUAUUGCAGCUUCACUAGUUAACUAUGCACAGAAGGAGUUGACAAAGAAAUCCACUUCCUGGAAUCAGUCAAGCCAACCCAAAGUUGAUGUGGUUUCAGGUUCAAAUGACCAUGAAAAGGUUGUGGUCGAGACAAUUGUUAGCCUUAUGCCUAUUGAGAAAUUGGUUGUUCCCAUAACCUUUCUUUUUGGGCUGCUGAGAAGUGCUGUGAUGCUUGAUUGCACUGUUGCUUCUAGACUUGAUCUUGAGAGGCGGAUAGGAUCUCAAUUAGACAUAGCUACUCUUGAUGAUCUUCUCAUUCCUUCUUUUCAUAAUGCUGGUGACACAUUAUUUGAUGUUGACACAGUGCAUAGGAUCUUGGUUAGUUUUUCUCAACAGGAUGAUAGUGAUGAAGAUAUGGAUGAUGUCUCAGUGUUUGAGUCUGAUAGCCCUACUUCGCCAUCCCAAACUGCAUUAUUCAAAGUUGCUAAACUGGUGGACAAUUACCUAGCUGAAAUUGCCCCUGAUGCAAAUCUAAAGAUGAACAAGUUCAUAGCAAUUACUGAAAGCUUACCAGCACAUGCUCGUACCAUCCAUGAUGGACUUUAUCGAGCAAUCGAUGUCUAUCUCAAAGCUCAUCAGGCCUUAUCAGAUCCAGACAGGAGGAGACUAUGCAAGCUGAUUGAUUUUCAGAAACUCUCCCAAGAAUCUGGAGCACACGCUGCACAAAAUGAACGCCUCCCACUCCAAUCAAUUGUACAGGUUCUUUACUUUGAGCAAAUGAGGCUUAGAAAUGCCUUAUUUUGUUCUUAUCCUGAUGAUGAUCACAAGCCAAUGCACCAAUCCUGGAGGAUCAAUAGUGGUGCUGUAAGUGCAGCUAUGUCUCCGAGGGAUAAUUAUGCUUCUCUAAGACGAGAAAAUAGGGAACUAAAACUUGAACUAGCACGAAUGAGGAUGAGAUUGAAUGACCUGGAGAAAGAUCAUGUUUGUAUGAAGAAAAAUAUGGAAAAAUCUAACUCGCGUAGAUUCAUGAGUUCCUUCACGAAAAAGAUUGGGAAGUUGAACAUCUUUGGACACAGUUCCUCCAGGGAGUCUAGUUCUCCCUCAAAGAGGUCACAAGUUACUGAUUCUAAGCUAACUGAAAGAACGUGACAGGCAAACUUCCUGUUACAUAAAGUUACUUGGAUAGGUUUUGGUUGCUCCUAGUGCAAAUAGUGCUUGUAAUCUAUGUUCUCUAUUUUCUGUCCCCAGAUCUUGUAUAUGAGCUUUAGAGAUAUGCUUUAGCAAGUGAGAUUUUCCUUUUUCAUUCAAGUAACGUAAAUUUUGAGUUCCGAUAAAUCUGAUCUCCAGAAGGAUGUUUAAGUUAUACACAUUGAUAUAUCUCAUCUACAGAAAUUGGAAAAAUAUAACACUUACACGAAAAACCAACA